AUGGCACACUCCGGGGCGAGGGUGAUGGUGACUGCACUCACCGAUACAUACCUGAAGCCUUUGGCUGAAGGAAUGCGGGUGGCCGGCUAUCCGAUCCUUGCGAUGACGGCGGACGCAACAGACACGGACGACUGGCAGCGAACGGUUGACGCCGCGCUUUCCGAGUGGGGCCACAUCGAUGUCCUGAUCAACAAUCUUGGUGCCACCGCCGGGCUCAACGGCACGCCAAUCAGCGACGACGAGUACCGCUUCGUGCUCGACAUCAAUCUGACGGAAGCGUUCAAGGGCUGUCGCGCGGUGGGACCUCACAUGAUCGAGCGGGGCAGAGGUCGGGUCAUCAACAUCAGCGGAUUCGCGGCGCGGAAGGGUUCGCCGGAGUCGCUGGUGUACUCGACCGCCAAGGCCGGCCUCGCUCGACUGACGCAGACUCUCGCCCUAGAGUGGGCACCUUACGGGAUUACGGUCAACUGCAUCGCGCCGGGUAUAUUUCCAGACCCGGAAACCGGCGAUCCUCAACAGAUAGCGAGGUCACGGGAGAACGCCCGUGAGACUGUACCGUUGGGACGUGUCGGUGAGCUCCAGGAGGUGGGAUUCCUGGCGCUGUACCUGGCGUCGGACGCUUCGUCGUACAUGACCGGCGAGACGCUGUACAUCGACGGCGGGCUGAGCCACAGCUAG